UUGACAAGGGCGAGGUAGGGUAGUCGUGAGCAGUAAAAUUAAAAACUAACGUUGCGUCGGCAAUACACGAAGCGGCUAUAAGGGUACCCCCAACGCCCGCGGGCUACGCUCGUCAUGAGACCACCCGCGAAAACAAUACAAGCACGGUAGCAGGGCAAACAGCGAUAGACAAAAGAAACGAUGCGUCAUGGUGACAAUGUGCCGGCGAGGGCUGCCGUUCAAACUCUGCCCUUCCCCAAAUCUCCCGUCCAUUCUUAUGCAAACUACCCGAGUCGAGUAUCCAUCAUCUCUAACCCCCUACUAAUUGUUUCCUGUUGUACUUUGUUUUGCGGCAAAACGUCGGCACCCACAUGCGAAAGAAAACGCCUCAUAAAGGUAAUCGUAAGGCAUCGUCGCAGAACGUGGCUCGAAUUGACAUGGGCCGAAGUCGCACAUAGAAAGGAGAUGUCUGUCUCGGCUCGUCGGGAUUCCGGGAUAGUUCCAGUUGCGCCCUCGGGCUGUUGACCUCGUCUUCCAUCCAUCGCUCCAACUUUUCCUCUCCAAACGUCUCCACAGCAUGAAUAUUAUGCACACAAAUUAGAAAAAGGCCAUCAAAGAUCGU